GUAUUUCGUUUUUGGUUCAUUAACAAAAUGGCAGCCCUCACCAAAGCUGUACAAGUUUCAAAAACAGUAAAUAAUGUAACCAAAUUAUUUACAACUUUGUCCUUAUCUCCAAUUGUUAGUCCAAUUUCUAGUCCUGUAUACAUCAGAAGGGUGCCAACUUUUCGCUGUGCUCUCUUUCACUCUACAUCUAAACGAAAUGAUUUAAUGGAAUUUUUUGAUGACAAGAAGAAUUGGGGAGAGGAUAAAGUACAAGUAGGACGUUCCUGGGAAAUGGAUGAAUUAAGAUUAAAAAGCAAUGAAGAUCUUCAUAAGUUGUGGUUUGUAUUAUUAAAAGAACGUAAUAUGCUUCUAACAAUGGAAGAAGCCUACAAGCAAGAAUGGAAAUAUUUCCCAAAUCCAGAAAGAAUUGAUAAAGUUGAAGAUAGCAUGGUUAACUUGGAGACAGUUGUUCGUGAAAGAAACAAAGCAUAUCAUAUGCUUGAAACUGGAAGAAGUGGAGAACGUCCCACAAAAUUACGAUAUAACCCCCUUGGCCUUCGUCACUUGUACAAAAUGCGUCAAUAUUCUGUACCAAAAUUUGUAAAUAGGAAGUGGCAUAAAACCCAUAAGUUUGGUUAUGGAGGAAGGGCUGUACAAAAAUUUUUACGACUGUACAGAGAGAAGCUAUGGAACGAGAAACGUAAAAUGCGGAAUCGUCAAGAUAAUCAGGUGGCCGUUUUGAUGCGAAUUUUCCCAAACCUUGACAUUGACGCUGUGAAAGAAAAGUAUCCACACGCAAAUAUUGAGAGAUUAAAACGAUCGAGAAAGUCUGAUGGACAUUUUGUUAAGGAUUAAAAUAAUUCCUUUCAUUGCUCAUGUCCAAAAUUAUGGAAGUUCUUUAAUACAAAAAGUAAAUAUCCCUCAAAUUGCAUGUUAAAUGUAAAUUCAUAUUAUACUGCUAGAAGAAAUAGAAAUUAAAAUUCUAAAAAUUUUAAGCUUUACCUAAUAAAUAUUUGUGCAAAUAAAUACUUGGAUGUAUAUACAAUGUUAUCAGCAUAAUGAUGUUAUAGUAAACCUUAUAAUUUAUAACAUACCUCUGUAUUUAUUGAAUUAUGUAAAAUAUUAUCAAUUUGAUGCUAUACAGAACUUACAAUAAUAAAAAGAGUUGAAUUGCGAACUA